CGCCAGGGGAUAGACGCUCUUCUCGUCCACGCGAAGCCCCAGAGAAGCACAAGCCUAUUUAUGGCCAAACCCUAGAAAACCAGACCGUAGAACAUCCCUAGCUUCUCUGACCAUCAGAUUCAAGAAUGGGAGACCAGAGCUCGUGGUUGGCUCUCUACGCUAUCGAAGUGAAGGACGAACGAGAUGAAUGCUUGGGUUGUUUCUAACCAGGUCACUCUACCUCAACAACUCAAGUUAUUGCCCCCGACUACAGCUCUACUGCAUUCGAUCCAUUAGCAAGCUCACGCAAUCAAAUCAGGCAAUGGAAGCUAAUCAGGUUGAGCCUCCGGCAAGCCGGUUUCAACGCACUGAUCAAUGGAUUCCGGUCUAUUCCUGGUUAGAAUCAUUGGAAAAAAAGGAGGUGGUUAAAUCUAAAGAAAUUGAUGAAUGGCUAUCAAAGAAUCUAAAGGUGAAGGAGCAGUUGUAUGCAAGACAUUCCCGUUAUCAUUUGAUGCACUACGUUCAAAAAUGCCAUUUAAAGAUGUUGAGGAGACGGGAGAAACAGGGAAUCCAAUCUUCAGCCCCAACAUCUCAAGCAAAGGUUCAGAACAAUGUGGUGACAACAGCAGCCGUUCCUCUUUUAUGCAGCUCUUCAAGCAACCAAUUGAAAGAUAAUGACAAAUUUUUAGCUAGGAGAAAUGAAGCAUUUCGUAAAUAUGAACUUCUGACAGAAUUGGAGAACCAUCUGUCCAGCAUCAUUUCUAAACAGAAACAUGUAAACGUGAAAGAGUCGGAUUCCCAAUCCUUGCUUAGACGGGGAUCUGCCGAUGAUACAAAACAGGGAGGCAAUGUCAGGCAUAUGCCCAGUGACAGCAGCGUCAAGGCUUCAAUCACCAUUUGAUUCCAGCAUGAUCUUAUUCUGAAGCAUCAUAUGGUAGGCAGCUGUCCUUAUGUGGUGGAAUUUGUGUCACAUCUCCCUGACAUUAAAUAGACACACCAUGUCAUCAAAUCUUCAAACAGAGUUUAGUAACUUGCUGUGCCUUAGAUGCCCAAUUGAGAAGGCUCAGACUGCGUCUUGCAUGUGUUGUCUUGGACCAACCAGCCUGGAUUUAUUGACUGUUAAAGAGUCUUUGUUGUCUUUACUCUUUAGUCUUCCAUGUAUAACUGAUCUGGCUAUGAAAAUUUCCUUGGUUUACUUCAAUUGUUAACUAUAUUUUAGAGGC